CCUACCAUUCCACUCCCAUUCCUUCAUCACCCCCUCCACCGGAGACGACAACAAUGGCGAAAUUCAAUCCACCACACAACAGUUCCACUCUCUCUCCUCCAUUCUCUCUCCUCCCCUUUCCCACCCCCCCUUCCCUCCCCUCCAGACCCCUCAUAAACUUCAACCCUCUCCACUUUCCCCAUCGCUCCGCGCUUCUUCGCCGCCGUCAAAACCCGAACUUCAAGGUUAUUCGUGGCUGUUCAGUGAAAGAGGGUGAGUUGUUGGGAGCCGAAGAGGUGGAGGAGGAGGCUGAGUUACUGUUUACAACCUGCAUUACGCGUACGCUGCAGCCUGCGUUGACGCUCGAGCACGGCUUGAAAACGAUUAACGCCGCCGUUGAGGAGUUGAAGUCGAACCCUCUUCCCCGUUCCACGCGUGGCAUGUAUAGAUUUCAGGUGGUUGUGCCCCCAAGUGCAAAAGCUUUGAAUUGGUUUUGCUGCCAACCUGAAUCAUCUGCAGUAUUUCCUCAGUUUUUCCUUUCAAAGGAGAAGGCUAACCAAAUAACGCAUUCUUUGAGUGGAUUGCGGGGCAUUUUUGGUAUUGGCGCUGCAAUCCUCUUCAAGGGGUCUUCUUAUGCCUCACGAGAGUGGAGGUCACUAGAAAGACAUCUCCCACCUGAUUCAUCACUGGUAUCGGCAUAUGGUUUUAUGGAUGUUGAUUUUAAUUUGAAUUCAUCUUCCUUGAAGCAUCAGAGAGGUUCGUUCUACGUUUUCAUACCUGAGAUUGAGUUAAACGAGUUUGAAGGCAUUUCUACACUAGCUGCAACAUUGGUGUGGCAUGACUCUUUCCUUUGUACAUUUGAGGAGGCCAUUCAGUCUUACAAGUUAGCUCUCUACCAGGCCACUUAUUAUGUUUUGCCCACCUCAGAGAAAUUCUAUCCUAAAUGCAUCAGAUCUACUCUCAAAAAGUUCAAUGUUGUCGGGGAUACAAACACCCAAAUGGUGUGCAUUAAUGCUAGCUCGAUUGGUGGAGGGGAUCUUGGUAGCGGCUCUAUGGCACUGUCAGAGCUUUCAUCUUCAUGUCAGUUCUUGGUUAGGCUUUCACCUACACUGGCAAUCGCCAGUAACAUGCUGGAUGAUCUCAACGGAAGGCGUCAUUCUCUUGAAAACUAUCCCAACGUCAAUUCUCUAUGGGCGUUUCUUAUAAUUGAAGAAUGCUCUCGACUUGGUUUGACGUAUUUUUGCAUAGCCCCGGGAUCGCGGUCAUCUCCACUCGCUGUUGCUGCUUCUACUCACCCCUUGACAACUUGUAUUGCAUGCUAUGACGAGCGCUCACUAGCAUUUCAUGCGGUUGGUUUUGCCAGAGGUUCUCAUAAACCAGCAGUAGUGAUAACAACAUCGGGCACUGCAGUUUCAAAUCUUCUUCCUGCUGUUGUGGAGGCGAGUCAAGACUUUGUCCCCCUUAUAUUACUUACUGCAGACCGUCCUCCAGAGCUGCAGGAUGGAGGAGCAAACCAAGCAAUCAACCAGGUAGACUGGUAUUCCUUCCCUGUUGUUACCCUAGGUGUCCCUUGCUUUAUUUCGGUCAACCAUUUUGGUUCCUUUGUGAGGUUCUUCUAUGGUCUUCCAGCACCCACUGAUUAUAUUCCUGCACGGAUGGUUCUUACUACAAUCGACUCUGCAGUUCAUUGGGCAACCAGUUCGCCCUAUGGUCCUGUUCACAUCAACUGCCCUUUUAGGGAACCAUUGGAUAACAGUUCAAGAAAGUGGAUGUUGAGCUGUUUAAAAGGCUUGGAUUUUUGGAUGUCAAGUGCUCAACCAUUUACGAACUAUAUUCAACUGCAGUAUUCUUAUGGGUGCAAUGGUACUCACAGCCAAAUGACAGAGGUUCUUCAAGUGAUUCAAGGGGCGAACCGAGGGCUUCUACUAAUUGGUGCGAUUCACAGAGAGGAUGACAUAUGGGCAGCUCUUCUUUUGGCUAAGAAACUUUCAUGGCCAGUUGUUGCUGACGUUUUGUCAGGUUUACGAUUGAGAAAGUAUUCAACUUACUUUGAAGUGGAGGGAAACCUUUUGUUUAUCGAUCAUCUGGAUCAUUCUCUACUCUCUGAUUCAGUCAGGAGUUGGGCACAUGCUGAUGUGAUUGUUCAGGUUGGAAGUAGGAUAACAAGCAAGCGAAUUUCUCAGAUGCUAGAGGACAGCUUUCCAUGUGCUUAUGUAUUAGUGGAGAACCAUCCAUGUCGCCAUGAUCCAACACAUAUUGUAACUCACAGGAUUCAGAGUACCAUCACACAAUUUUCUGACUGUCUGCUUAAAGCUAACAUCCCACAGAUCAGCAGCAAAUGGUGCUGUUUUCUAAAGGCUGUCGAUAAAAUGGUUGGAUGGGAGAUAUCAUUUCUGAUCCAUUCGGAAUACUCCUUGACUGAACCCUAUGUUGCAUAUGUUAUUCCGGAAUCACUUCAUUGUGAGUCUGCUAUAUUUGUUGGGAACAGCAUGCCUAUACGUGAUGCGGACAUGUACGGAUGUAACUGGGAGCAGUGUACUAAUAAUAUUCCUGUGAUGUUAAGCUUAGAGUUACCAUGUCACUGGAUACAGGUGGCUGGGAACAGAGGAGCUAGUGGCAUUGAUGGUUUGCUUAGCACAGCUAUUGGUUUUGCUGUAGGAUGCAACAAAAGAGUAACUUGUGUGAUUGGAGAUGUUUCUUUUCUGCAUGAUACAAAUGGGUUGGCACUUCUGACGCAAAGGAUCUGCCGGAAGCCGAUGACAAUUCUUGUCAUGAACAAUCAUGGUGGGGCAAUCUUCAGUCUCCUUCCUAUUGCAGAUAGAACUGAAAAAAAGGUGUUGGAUCAGUAUUUCUACACUUCUCAUAAUGUUUCAAUUCAGAACCUGUGCGUGGCCCAUGGUUUGAAGCAUGUGAAAGUGGAGACAAAAAUGGAAUUGCAGGAUGCCUUGUUAACAUCUCAACAGGAGGAGAUUGAUUGGAUCAUAGAGGUUCACAGCUGUAUUGAUGCAAAUGCUACUUUCCACAGUAAGUUGAGACGAUUUGCAUGUCAAGCCGCGGACAAUGCCUUGGCCCUUGUUUCAAGGUUUUCAACUUCAGAUUGUAUGUUAGCUGGUUCCUUUCUUGUUGGGAUCGGUAAAAUGGAGUACUCCCUUUAUAGAAUCAAGCUAUGUGCCCCACCUACUUCAAGUUCUGCACCUUAUGACUCUAUGAGCUGCUACAGAGAAGGUUUUAUUAUAGCUUUGUUUCUUGAAGAUGGAAGUGUGGGGUUUGGCGAGGUUGCACCUCUUGAGAUCCAUGAAGAGAACUUGAUUGAUGUUGAAGAUCAACUCAGGUUUCUUAUUCAUGCCAUACAAGAAGAAAAGAUCAGUUGCUUCCUGCCUCUGCUAAAGGGCUCGAUUUCCUCUUGGAUAUGGACCAGUUUAGGAAUAUUGCCAGGUUCAAUCUUUCCAAGUGUCAGAUGUGGUUUGGAAAUGGCCAUCCUUAAUGCUUUAGCCGCGACGGAAGGUUCCAGUUUAUUGAACAUACUCCAUCCUGAGACAGCUACAGAAGAACUAUCUCAAAGGUCUUUUACUGUUCAGAUUUGUGCUCUUAUUGACUCAGAUGGGACUCCAAAAGAUGUUGCUGAUAUUGCUGCUACACUUGUUGGAGAAGGCUUCUCUGCCAUAAAGCUAAAAGUUGCACGUCGGCAAGAUCCUAUUGAAGAUGCCAGAGUUAUACAAGAAGUUAGAAAGAGGGUGGGGCCCCAGUUUAACCUCCGUGCUGAUGCGAAUCAAAAGUGGACCUAUGAUGAAGCAGUUCGUUUUUCUUCGUCUGUGAUGAACUGUAACCUGCAAUAUAUUGAGGAACCUGUUCAGAAUGAAGAGGAGAUAGUCAAAUUCUGUGAACAAACUGGCCUACCUGUUGCACUGGAUGAAACCAUUGGGAAUAUUCGAGAUAAUACUCUUGAAAGGCUAGCAAAGUUCACUCACCCUGGAGUAGCUGCUGUUAAAAAUGUUCUUGUGUUUCUCCAUGGGUUCCUUGGAACUGGUGAAGACUGGAUGCCCAUUAUGAAGGCCCUCUCAGGAUCUGCAAGAUGCAUUUCGGUUGACCUUCCUGGGCAUGGGGAGUCAAGGAUACGAAAUCAUGGCAUUUGGGAAACGAAAAGAGAACCAAGUUUGUCAAUUGAGGUAGUUGCAGAUAUAGUAAAUAAGUUGAUUGACAAUAUUACUCCUGGAAAAGUUACCUUAGUUGGAUACUCGAUGGGAGCAAGAACUGCAUUGUACAUGGCCCUGAGGUGCUCUACUAAGAUUGAAGGAGCUGUCAUGGUAUCUGGAAGCCCUGGAUUAGCGGAUGGGCCAGCUAGAAAGAUCCGUAGGGCUAAAGAUGACUCCAAAUCGAGCUCUCUUAUUGCUCAGGGCUUGGAACUCUUUCUAGAUGUCUGGUAUGCUGGAGAGCUGUGGAAUAGCUUAAGAUUUCAUCCCCAUUUCAAGAAGAUAGUUGCUAGCCGUUUGCAGCACAAUGACAUAAACACGCUUGCGAAAGUUCUGUCUGAUUCAAGUACCGGCAGGCAGCAGCCAUUGUGGGAAGACCUGAGGCACAACAAAGUUCCUCUCCUACUCGUCAUUGGGGAAAAGGAUGACAAGUUUAAAAAGAUUGCUCAGAAAAUGUUCCAAGAAGUAAAUCAUGAGGCAAGGAGCAUAGACGAUUCAAAGAGAAUCUGUGAAGUUGUUGAGGUUCCAAAUUGUGGGCAUGCUGUGCAUUUAGAGAAUCCCCUCCCUCUAGUUAGAGCAGUAAGACAGUUUCUCAAUAAGUCGAAAGGAGUUUGACUCCUGAACCAGGUUUCAGUAGAGAUUUGCUGGCAUCAUACUCUAUCAGCUCGAUUUGCAUUAAUUGUUUACAGACCUAUGUCAAAGGUCAUCACCAAAGGAUUGCUACGAAGGGGCGUCAUCAUUAUCGUAAGUUUCUGAAUUUAUUUUGUCACACUUUGAAGCUGGAGACUUGGUGGAACAGAGAAUGAGAGGACAUUUACCUAUUCAGGAUUUAACUAUGAAACUGGCCAUUAUACGGUAAAAGCCUUUUCUGCAUCUCUCUAGGCAAUCAAAUGUUCGUUCUUUCUCCAGACAUGAAUCAUAUACAGUUGAUCAGGAUUGAGGUAAUACUGUCAGCAAUCUUUUCUUUAGCAGACCCAUGGAAGAAAUACAUACAUUGAUCAUUUGUGCGUUCAUUCUCGAUCUAAGAACAGCGUUUGGUAUCUUUGUAUUUCAAUUUCUCAUGUCUCUUUAUUCUUGCUUUUAAUUUGAUGUACAAUGUGUGAUCAUGUUGGGUGAGCAAACAAGUACCCCCAGCUUAACCACACAUGAACUUAUGUUCCAAAAAAUACAUGUUCUUAUUCUGUUAUACAUAUUGUGCCUUGAUGAGAUUCUCCACAUCAUGCAAAUGUGAGAGUAUUCCAUCAAGGAGAGGAUAUUUUUUAGCGAAGAGGAUCCUGAUCCUGCUUACAACUUGUUGGUUGUGCAACCACCAAUCUCAGCUCAGGAAAUCAUGGUGCAGAUUGCCAUUGCCACCAAGAGAGAGCACUCUAUGAUUUUGGUUGGUAGUGGAACCUUCUCCAUCAUGAAAUUUUGAUUUGAAAUUGGCGGCUAAACAACCAAAGCAACGUUCGUAUUAGGAGCAAAACAGGUGGUUCCAAGUUUGCACCACCAACUCCAAACACGAUGGCAGGACUAACCAGGUCAGGAUUCCUGCUGCGGACACUGUGGAAGCAAUAGCCAGAAGACGACUAUGUCUUGCGAUUUUCGGAUGCCCCUCGCGCAGAGUGAUUGUGAUCCCAGCACCGGUGAAUGCGAAAGUGAGAGAUAAGAGGAAGGCAUGGAAAAAGGAGGGCUUGUCCUUAAAUAGGAUGGUGGGAACAGGGUUGCCCCCCACAUCUUCAAGUGGCAGUUGGAGAAAACCAAAAACUGUUAGAAAUGCCAUUCCGAAAAUCAUUUCUUCAAUAGGAGCUGCUGGGGUGAAUGUGACAGAAGUCUUGUCCAUUUUUUGAGAUGAGAAGGAAUGAGUUAGAGUAGGUUUUUUAUGCAAGGGUUUGCAGCUGCUAUUGAUAGAUGCU